GUCCACUAGCUCUUCAACCUUCUAUACUAGGUAACAGGUGCGCUCUCGGGUUUACGUUUUUUUGGUUUGACACUUAAAAUUUAAAACAAUGGCAGAUGAAAACAUUUAUGAGAAAAUAGACGAUGGACACAUAUAUGAAAAACCUUUUGAUGAACCGAACGCCUCAGUUGUUCAAGAACCGAAGUAUGAGAACCAGUGUGCUGAGGGGACUGGAGCCGCAGAAGCCGCAGAAGCCAUAUACAGUGAGAUUGAAGUUCAGGACAUCGCAGUCAGAGAAUCAUCGCCCGACUAUAUGAACACCGAGGAAACUGCAUUAAACACGUAUGAUAUCCCGACUGAAGACCAGAACGGUGUAAAUGAAACUCCAACAGCAGAGACAGAAGUUGGUAUGUUCUCCAGAACAUUAUCUCCAUCCUCGGGUGAGCGUUCUGAAGACCCGUGUGAGGAGCCGGUGUUGGAAGAACAUGAAGACGAUACUGAGGAUGACAUGAUGAUGGCAUACACGUUGCCAAAAAGCAGAUCUGUUGAAGCAGAAGAUGAAGUGGUGGACUACAGUCUCAGAUCUGUCCAAAACAACACUGUAGAAGAGGAGAAACCUGCAGAUCCCAAUCAGCCUGAAAUUUCUCUUUUUGUUAAGGCUGGGAGUGACGGGGAGAGUAUUGGAAACUGUCCAUUCUCUCAGCGCCUCUUUAUGAUCCUUUGGCUUAAAGGGGUCGUCUUCAACGUCACCACUGUGGACCUGAAAAGGAAACCAGCGGACCUGCAUAAUCUGGCUCCAGGCACCCACCCUCCUUUCCUUACAUUCAACGGUGAGGUCAAGACGGACAUUAACAAGAUUGAGGAGUUCUUAGAGGAGAUGUUGGCACCACCGAAAUACCCCAAAUUGGCAGCCAAGCACAGGGAGUCCAACACAGCGGGGAUUGACAUAUUUGCAAAGUUCUCAGCUUACAUCAAAAACUCACAGCCAAAUGCCAACGGAGGUUUGGAGAAAAGCUUGACGAAGGCUCUGAAAAAGUUAGAUGAGUAUCUGAACACCCCCCUGCCUGAGGAAAUAGACACGGACAGCAUGGAGGAGGAGCAGAGCUCCAACCGCAAGUUCCUGGAUGGCAGUGAUCUUACCUUGGCAGACUGCAACCUGCUGCCAAAACUCCACAUAGUCAAGAUCGUUGCCAAGAAGUAUCGCAACUACGACAUUCCCACUGAUAUGACUGGAGUGUGGCGCUACCUGAACAAUGCCUACGCACGAGAUGAGUUCACCAAUACAUGCCCAGCAGAUUUGGAGAUUGAACUGGCCUACCAGAAUGUAGCUAAAUGGUUGACUAAGUAAAACUUUGGAUACAAAUGACAAGAAUGAAGCCUUUUAGAUGCAGAAAUAUGUAGAUCUGAAGUAUUUUGCUGGUUGGUAAAAGUUUCAUAUAAUGGAAAAUGAAACCAGACCUUACAGAUAAAACUACACUGAUAAGCCAGAAUUGUGUUUAUAAGCACAAAAAAUUGAAUUUACACCUAAGUGCAGGGUUGUUCUGCUGGUUGUCUCCCUAUUUACAGCUUAAUUUUUAUCUCUUUUUUUUCAUUUCCACCAGUAUAUUAUUUAAAGAUAUUUUAAUUCUAUGCAUGAUGAUGGAAAGCCUUCGAUUAGCUGAAAGAUUCUACCAUCAUUAUUUUCAGAAAUUGUAAUCAUUUAAACAGAAUUAUAUUUUAUAUGAGUGCUUAAGAUGUGUAUUCUUGAUUAUUUAUAUUUUAUGGAAAUAAAUAACAACAAAUCAAAGCAAUGGAGCAAGAUUAAAAA